CCAAGCCGUUUAUUUAUGUUUUUAUUAUUGACUCACUGACUACCGAGGCAUGGAGGUGCGUAGUAAGUUACUGAACUCAGUGGACAGAUGUGUGGAUGAUGCCCUGGAGGGGAUUGUGAGCAGCAAUGGGGGCCUGAGUCUACUCAGAGGCCACAGGGUGGUGCUGCGCUCAGACCUCCAGAACCUGAAAGGCAAGGUGGCAUUAAUCUCAGGAGGUGGCUCAGGACAUGAGCCAGCACACGUAGGCUACAUAGGAAGAGGAAUGCUAUCAGGAGCUGUAGCUGGGGCAGUGUUUGCAUCUCCUCCUCCCGGGAGUAUUCUGGUUGCUAUUAUGACUGUCUGGCAAAGUGGUGCUUCAGGUGUCCUGGUGCUGGUUAAGAACUACACAGGUGAUCGUCUUAACUUCGGCCUUGCUAUCGAAAAGGCACGUGCACUAGGAGUAAUGGUGGACAUGCUGAUUGUGGCUGAAGACUGUGCCUUUACACAGCCCAGCAAAGCAGGCAGGAGAGGACUCUGUGGAAUUGUACUUAUUCAUAAGCUGGCUGGAGCACUGGCUGAGGAAGGCUGUCCAUUAGAUGUGAUUGUUGCUCGGAUGUCAAAGGCAGCAAAAAACAUUGGAACACUGGGUGUGAGUCUGUCCCCCUGCAGUGUGCCAGGAUGCUUGCCCACCUUUCAGCUUCCACCAGGACAUAUGGAACUUGGCCUGGGGAUACAUGGGGAACCCGGCAUUAAAAGAUUAAAGAUUUCCUCUGCUGAUGACGUUGUUAGGACUAUGAUUGAUCACAUGACUGACACAGCUAGCCAAUCACACCUGUCCUUGAAAUCAGGGGACAGAGUGGUCCUUUGUGUUAACAAUCUUGGUGCUCUUUCGUGUUUGGAGAUGGCUGUUGUCAGCAGAGCUGCCAUCAACUGCUUAGUGAAGCGAGAAGUGGUGGUUGCCCGCAUAUUAUCAGGCUCAUUUAUGACAUCACUGGAGAUGGCUGGAGUAUCAAUCUCUAUUAUGAAAGUGGAUGAGGAGAUGCUCCGACUGUUUGAUGCUAAAACCUCAGCCUCAGCCUGGCCAAACCUCAGCACUGUGUGUGAGAGUGAGAGAAACGUGUAUAUAGAGCCUGCAGAAAAACCAGAAGCCCCUGAGACAAAAGCCAGCCAAGGUGAGUUUUCUGCAACAGUGCGUUCAGUUUUGGAAGCUGUGUGCAAAGCCCUUCUGCCUCGGGAAGAGGAACUUAAUGCCCUUGAUCGUGCAGCAGGGGAUGGAGACUGUGGGAGCACACAUUCUCUUGCUGCUAAUGCCAUCCAAGAGUGGUUACAGAUCAGCACCAUACCAGAAAAUCCGUGUUUACUCCUGACAGCUCUUGCUGGAUUGGUGGAAGAGAGGAUGGGUGGAUCUUCAGGAGCGCUGUAUAGUUUGUUCUUGACAGCAGCUGCACCCCAUCUACAAGAAAGCUAUGAUGGAACAGACUGGGCUAAAGCUAUGCAAGCUGGCACUGAAGCUAUGCAAAGGUAUGGAGGUGCUGCACCAGGUGACAGGACAAUGCUGGAUGCCUUGUGCCCUGCUGUGGAGGAGUUGAAGAAAUUAACUGCCAUUUCUCCACAUGACCAUAUUACUGUACUACAGGCAGCAGUAGAGAAAGCAGAGGUGGGUGCAGAGUCUACACGUAACCUAAUUGCAAGAGCAGGCAGAGCUAGCUACAUUGCAUCUGAACGCUUGACUCAGCCUGACCCUGGUGCUGUGGCUGUAGCUGCUAUUCUCCGAGCAGUGUUUGACUCGUUGAAAGGAAAAAAACAGUAAUCUACACUGAUAGAAGAUAACAUUCUUUAAAUUUUGCAUAAAUAAUGAAUGUAUUAAUUCAGGCUUAUGAGUAACAUUACUUCAUUACUUCUUGAUGAAGCAGUUUCCAAGCAUAAUAGGCAUAAUGUGCUAAUUCUUAACUUGUCAUGGAUAAAACAUAAAAACAUUUACUAUGACUAAACUAAAAACAUGUAAUAGUAAAGCUGUGAUUAUUAACAGUAUUAGUUAAAAUCCUUUUAAGAAAAUGUUUAUGUUGGAUGCUACUUGAUUGUAUAGCAUAAGUGUCUCAUUUACACCACUUUUCACUUAUUGACAAUUUUUAAGUGCUAAUAGAACAAACAAUUCAUAUGUAUGUUCAGAUUAUGUUAUUAUGUUAAUAGAACAGUUAAUAGAAAAAUUGUUUCAACACAGUUUACAUAAAUGGUGACAUGAGGCAGUUACAAACUGAACAAACUGCAUAUUUGUGAGUGUCUUUACUGUACACAAACUUCCCUUUGCACCUGGAGAACAGCAAAAUGACAUUAUAAACUAUGGUCAUAGAUAUUAAAUUAUGUGAUUUAAAUAGUUGGGUUUAGUAUGGGUUUCCUCAAAUUUCCUCCCAUCCUCCAAAAACAUGCAGAAGGUAAACCGGCUGCUUUAAAUUGCCCCUUGAUGGACGUGUAUGAGUGUGAUUGUCUUUGUCUCUGCAAUGGAUUAGUGCCCUGUCCGGGGUGUAUUUCUGUCUUGCACCCAGUGUUUUAAAAGGGGGCGAGAACCACCAAGACUUUAUUAAUCCCAGAGGGAAAUUACACAAUAAAAAUAAAUAAGUAGUGCAGUAAUAAAGAUGUUUUAAGUGUUUCACUGAGAACAAAGAACAAAAUUGUUUGUGUAAAUUAAGAAUUAAAAAAUCACAUUGUAAUCUGAUUUUAAAAACAAUUUUUGUCUGCAGUUAGUAGUUAGUAGUCUGCAGGGAGUAUGACAAAAAAAAGAAUACCUUUUGAAAAAUUGUAAUCUGAUUAAAAAUGUACCUUUGUUUGCAGUUACCUGUGGCAAGCAAGGUAGUAUGACAAAAAAGAAUACCUUAAGUUGUAGGCUUAAAAAAUGGACUAUCUGCAUUUUUGAAAGAUGAAAGGUCAGAGCGAUGGAGAUAACAUACAUCCUGUCUCCUGCCCACACUUAACUGUCUGAUCUUGCUUCCUUUUUCAGAGUCUAGUUUUUUAUUUGUAUGUUUAUAACUUUAAGCAGUCCUAUGUUUUAUAUAUGUUUAGAUGGCUUUCGUUUUCACAUUCCAGCAUAUAAUGAGGUCAGACUGUGAAGAAAAGUCCAUGACAGUCAAUAAUCUUUGUUUUGCCCCUGUUGGGCCUCCAAGUAAGACCCUUAAACCUUUAAUUGCUUACUUUAGUAUUUAAAAAAAAUACCACAUUACCACACUAAACUACACAGGUUCCCCAUGCUUUAAGAUUUUAGUAACACAGGACCUUAUUGUGUAAAAAUGCUGAGCAAGAUUAAUGGGGUAGGAAUCUACUCAAGUAAAAAUACUUGUUUUAUUAUGGUAGUGAUAGCUUUAGUAAUCAAGAGGUUGCUGGUUCAAGCCCCACCACCCCCAAGUUGCCACUUUUGGGCCACUGAGCAAGACCCUUAACCUUGAAUUUCCUGAAUUGUAUUUUGUAAUACGUGUAAGUCACUUUGAAUAAAAGCUUCUGCUGUAAA